AUGCGCGGCAGCGCUCGUGGCCCCCCUCGUGCCCACGACUUGACCCAUCAGGGUUUUUUUUGCCGCAAACACCGCAAUGGAACAGACCCAGCGGUGGCCCGCAAGUACGGCGGCACGCUGCUGUGCUGGCAGUAUGCCGCCUCGGUCCACGUGUACCAGCUGAGCGAGGAGGGGGCUGCGGACGACGACGAGGGGGAGGAUGGGGUGCCCUCAUACAGGGAGUGGAUCCUGCCGUGCAGGGACUUUGACGGGCUGUGGGAGUCGCUGUAUUACGACAUUGGCAUCAAGGACCGCCUGCUGAGGUACGCCAGCAGCGCGUUGCUGUUCAGUGAGGCGGGAGUCGACAGCAACCUGGUGGCCUGGAACAGGGUGGUGCUGCUGCACGGGCCCCCAGGCACUGGCAAGACGUCCCUCUGCAAGUCCCUGGCCCAGAAGCUCACCAUCCGCCUGGGCCACAGGCACUUGGGUGGGGGAAGCCAUUGA